AUGGGAGAAGACGAAGCCACCUCUGUUGCUGCUGCUAACGGUGACGCCCCAGCAAUUGGCAUGGCGGCGAGUAGCAGGCGAGGAGACAGCCUGCACCUGGCGGCGAGCCGCGGAAAGUUGUACCGCGUUGCCGCGUGCCUUUCCAAGGGAGACGACCCCGAUGAGGUCGACCCGUACCUCCGGACGCCGCUGGCAAUUUCAUGCGCAGAUGGAGGUCACCUUGAGGUGGCCAGGGUGCUCCUGCGGGCGGGGGCCGAGGUCAACCUUCGAACCCCCGAAGGCACGCCGCUGGAGAUACUGUUGCAGGAUCCCAACCCCAACCCUACCCUCGUGAGGGAGCUGGUGAUCGCCGGAGCCAACCUGGGGUGCAGAGAUCCCAAGGGCUACCUCCCGAUCCAGCGAGCUGCCGCUAACGGGCUGACGGCCGCGCUAAGAGAGCUGCUCAGCAGCAGCAGCACCACCAUUACCAAGAGAAGAAAAAGAGGGAUCGGCAAGAUCGACCUCGAUGCGACGGUGCCACAGAGCGGGAAGACGGCUCUCGUGCUAGGGGCCCGGAUGGGCCACGUGGAGAUCGUGCAGAUGCUUCUAGGGGCCGGAGCUAGCGCCUCCCUGGCGGACAGGAGAGGCUGGACUGCCCUCCACUUCGCCUCAUGGAAGGGGCAUCUUCGUGUUGUUUGGGAGUUGCUGGGAGCGGGGGUGAAUUCGGCGCCGCUCUCGGACAAGCUGUGGACACCGUUGUUGGCAGCGGCGUUGGGGGGGCACUCGGUGAUCGUACGGCAGCUUAUCGGGGCCGGGGCGAGCGUUUCGGAGAGGACGUCGAAAGGCUGGAACGCCCUGCACAUGGCGUCGCAAGCGGGACACACCGACGUGGUGCGAGCGUUGCUGGUGGCCGGCGCCGAUGUGGAUGCCGUGGGGGACAAGGGUUGGACGGCUCUCAUGACGGCGGCCGCGGAUGGAAACGGGGAGAUUGUCAGAGAGCUGCUCGACAUGGGGGCGGAUUUCGACAUCCGCAACGAUAAGGGCUGCACCGCGCUUAUCAUGGCCUCCCGCAACGGCUUCGCAGACGUGGUUCGGAGCUUCCUCGAGCUCGGGGCCGACACGACCGCCAAGAUGACCGGCGGCUGGACGGCUCUCUCGGCAGCGUGCGCGGGGGGGCACGAUCUGACGGCAAAGUACCUGCUCCGGGCGGGGGCGGACCCCAACGAGCAGGACGACCUGGGCCGCACCCUGCUCCACGACGCGGCGGAGGACUGCCGCUGGGACGUCGUCAGAGAGCUCCUGCGGGCGGGAGCGGACCCCAAUGUCGUGACGCACGCGGGGGAGACGCCGUUGUCUUUGGCCGGGCUGGGCGGAAGCUUCGAGGUCAUAAGGGAGCUACUGCAGGCGGGGGCGGAGCCUCUGGCCGUAGCUCCGAGGGCGGCGGCGAUGACCCCGCGCAUGCCAGCGAAGGGCGUCUCGCCCUCGACCAAUUCAACCAUCAGCACAGCUAGUUCUUCCGAGAAAUGGAGGGACUACCGCUUCAAGGCAGAAGCGGCGGCGUCGGGUGUGUGUCCAUCAGGCACGGAGCAGUCUCCCGGCGAACACGCGACGCAGCUGCUGCACCUGGGAGCGAAGCAGGGCAAGCACCACCCGUUGCUCCUCGAGCUGCGGCGCAACACCGCCCCCCCGGAGUUCCCCGGAGCGAGGCGGUAUCUGGACAUCACCACCCCGACGUCCAGGCGGAGAGAGAGGGGAUCGACCAGCGGCGGCUCUGGUAGGGGGCCGGGGUGGUUCAUGCAUAGCGCGUCGGCAUAGUAUGCAUAGCUGUUGUCGUUUAGUUACCGUCGAUGGCACGGAGGAGUGGUCGCGGUGCCCAAGCACUCCUCUGCAGGAGCGCCACGGCGGGCUUGCAACGCGGCCGUUCGCAGGGCAGAGACCCCCCCCGACACCGUCGCGUGUUAAUGGUGUUUGAGGGGGGCACAGAGCCACCACCACGCCGUCACGGCUGGCUCUUCUCCCCGAUUGUAGCAUACAACGUGUGGCAACAUAUUAUAUCCCUGCUGUCUUCAUUGACACGUGGCAGCAAGAGAGGGAGAGGCGGAGGUGCUUUGAGUAUGUUUGUAUAUAUAUGGCAAAUUGUCGGUGGUGUCAAGCGCAUCAUUUAGUUUAGGGGAGGCACUCGUUACUAUUGUUGUGGUAAUCGUGCUCUUUCGAUGAACGGCGUUCCACUGUGCGGAGGCGUUUUGUAUGGAGGCGGCGUCGUUAGGGAAUUUAUUUUGCGUCUUGUGGCAACAACGGUGACCCGGCAGAGUAUGGAACGGAAUCACUCAUCAUUUGUAACCCGUCAACGUAUUACGUGGUAUAUAUACUGGCGUGUUCCACGGUGUAUUCCCGGUUUCUUGUUAUUAUGUCGCGGCCACCCGCACGCCGAUGACGGGAUGGAUCGUUGUCAGCGGCGUUAGAGGUAGGAACUGCUGUGCUGUUGCUGGGAAUUGGGCCAAU